AUGACACUCGACGAGAAGAAACGUAAAAAAAAUAAAGAGGAAGUUCCAGUAAAUAAAAAAACAAAGAUAGAAGACGACGAACUAAAAGACGAGAAAAGUGGAAGUAACAACAAUGCAUAUGCGAAAACCAAUGUCUUCCUUGUUCCACAGACUCCGAGACUUCCAAAAACUCUCGAGGAAAAAGAGUCGACGCGGAGAUUGUUCGUUGUGUUAGACAAAGCGUGUUUAGAAACUUAUAAGGUUGCUAACACUAGGCCACCGAAAUAUCAAUUGAUGAAUUAUGAUGAUCACCAAAGUGAACUGCGAAAAUUGGGCAUUAAUAGAGUUUACCGACCAGAUAUCACACAUCAGUGUUUGAUGGCUUUAUUGGACAGCCCUCUAAACAAAGCUGGGUUAAUGCAAAUUUAUAUCCAUACAGAAAAUAACGUUUUAAUUGAAGUUAGCCCACAUAUUCGAAUUCCUAGAACAUUUAAGCGGUUUGCUGGUUUAAUGGUACAACUUCUUCAUAAACUAAGUAUUCAUUCAGCAGAUGGGAAAGAGAAGCUCUUACGCGUAAUUAAAAAUCCCGUAACACAAUAUCUUCCAACAAGAUGUGUGAAAUUAGCACUUUCAUAUGAUGCAACACCUGCCCGUCUUUCACAAUAUUUACCUACUCUGCCCUCUGAUCAUUCAAUUUGCAUUGCCAUUGGGGCUAUGGCUCACGGAGCAGACAAUUUUGCAGACAGUUGGGUAGAUGAAAAAAUUGGAAUUUCACAAUAUCCACUUUCUGCUGCUGUUGCAUGUUCAAGGUUUUGUUGCGAACUAGAAAACCUUUGGGGCAUUUGGUAG